AUGCAUGAUUACUCAGAUUUGCUUCCGAUUGCUAGUGAUUUAGAAUAUUGGAUAGAUAGUAGUUCAACAUACGUGGACGAUGAUAGUCAUCUGGAAACCGAUAGAGAUAGCGGUUUAGACACUCUGGAUUGCUUUUCGAAACGGAAAUUACCAGCUAACCGAGAGGCUAGUUUAUCUCAAGACGUAUUUUUGGAGUUAGUCCCGAGAGACUCGCUUUGUAAACAUUCUUUGUUACCACGACAACACAGAGUGUUGGUUCUGCCCAGGUCGUUUCAACAUCAUAGGAUUCAAAAAUGGUUGAAAAGUCAGAUUUUGGAACAAGGGUUUGAUUUGAAGAAAAAUUUCCAGUGUCCACCAAGUCGUUGUAGUAAUGAUCAGUCGAAUGCCAAUGCUUGUAGUGAUUUGAAUUGGAUUUCUUAUCGAUACAUGAGGGUUUCUUCCGCGGGAAAACAGGUCAUGUGUAGAUUAUGCCACGGGAGGAACUGGAUUUCGAGUUGCAGUUUCUUCAAGCAUCUUUUCCUAGCUCAUGGCAUAAUGACGCAGGUUAAAUCUAAUUAUGCCUCAAACUUCCAAGUAGAGACCUUCAAGAUAACGGACUAUUUUACCGUUAAGGUACAAACAAUUCAGUCAGUCGAGUUUACUAGAAACUUAUUACCAUAUCUGGAGGUUUCGUUAGUUCCGCUGCCAGAGAAAAAGUUCUCAAAAGUGCUAAACAAUGGGUUUAGAAGAACGCACGUUGUCUGCCCACAUUGCUCGAAAUGGAUUCGGUUGGGAUGGUGUGAAUAUGAUGAGAUAAUAAGGCAGGACUUCGAGGAUUUUGACUCUUUUAGAAAUUUGAAUAUUGAAAACUAUUCCAAGAUUUCUUAUGUGCAGAAACGGGACCGAGAUUCCAUCGAAGGUUUGUAUGAGAAUUAUUUCAUUCAUUAUAUCGAAUGUGAUUUCACGAGAUUCCAAUCUAAAUAUUUAUACGUUCAAAUUGUUUAA